UAGAGCGAAUCAGUUUUCCAGCAUCCGUCAACUGUUUCGAACGGAAUUCGGCAGUCGUGUGCCGGUUGGUGAUGUGGAGGAAUUUUUCCAGCAAUCGGUUGAGCUGCACAUGUGUAACAACAGUUAACAGCGCAAAAAGGUCGUUUUUCGCAGUCGGCUACGAACCGUGAGGAUUAAGUGUCAUAGCAUGCUACGGUUGAGUUUCACCGGUGGGAACUAGACGGGGCGCAACCACGAGACGUUGUUGUUAUUGUUGUUGUUGUUGUUGUUAUUAUUGUGUUAACAUUGAGCCAAAGGACGGCUUGCUGCGAGUUGAAACCAGAGUGGUUACGGGCUGAAGGUGAAUUCGAUCAACGUCGAUACGGAUGCCUGCCGCUCAUGAUUCUGUUCCCAUUUCGUUCCGUUUCGUUGAUGAUGCUGAUGGUGAUGAAUAAAAAAAAAUGAAGCAUAAAACGAUAGCGUAAAAAAGCUUCAGUGCGCUUCAACUGGCGGAAAGUGGCCAAUCCAAUGCCAAUGGAUGGGGGGCGGCAGGUGUAAGGUUUGAUGUUAAUCACUGUUCGGGUCGUUUUUUUCGCUUCUUCCGAGGCGUGAGAGUGACGCUCUGGCAUACGUUCAAAGCAAUUUCAUUUGAUUUUUUUUCGCUCAUCCAUUCCACUGAACCAUGAAAAUGAGAACUUGAUUGACGUGCUGAAUGCCCACGGGAUUCAAAGUUAAACGACGGAAAAAAUGUGCCGUCCUGAAAAUGCAGCUCGUGACGCCGGAAACUAAUCUUGAAUAGGAACCGCGCGCUGGGGCGGACCAUUUUUCACCCGGUCCCAAGGGAACCGUGUGCAUGUGUGUAGGCGCGGUUUUACCGAUAAUAAAAGUGCAUAAAUGUCGUACGGCUGCUGGUCGCGGUUACAAAGUGUGCUUCGCGUUUAUUAUGCCACGCUCGAAUAUCCGGUUCAGUCGGAAUAGUGGCAUUUUGGGAAAGACUGGUGCUGCACAAUUAAUGAACAUCGUCAACUGCCGUCGAUUUCACACUACAUACAAUACUGCAGCCACCCAUUUCGUGGUUGGGAGUCCGUCUGGUUAAGGAUGGAGGAACAGUUGACGCGGAAACCGUUGCCGCGGGCCAAUGAGAGAGCGUUCGCAAGCAGUGUUCGGGGGAAACAAGUGUGGAUGUGAAACAUUUUUAAUUAAAAAAUCGUAGGAUGCCGUGAAAGGAUAUUUCAGCGAAUGAUGUUCAAUGUGAUCGGUUGAUGAGUGUAUAGCGAACUGGACUGUCACUGCGAGAAAGUUGCAUUUGCUUAUGUUGGCCGCACUUAAGUAAUAGGACAGGCCUCCCGAAUGGAAGCGAAAGUAGAAGUUCAUAGUUGGACGAACAAUUCCAGCAGGGAUCGAAGUGUGAAAAAACUCAUCAAUUCAAGCGCACAACCAACACCAUUUUUAUACGACUCCUAUUCGGAGAAGUGAAGUAACCGGAUAAACUUAGCUGAAAAGAGUUCUAGGAAGCAAAAAAAAACAAAAAUAAUGUGUCAAUAAAGUGAGAAAGGCCUUUCGACUGCCUCCUACGAACAAAGGAGGCUCCUACGAAAGGAAAUCGAAGUUACACGCCUACUAAGCACUCACUUUUACAGAAGCAGCAGAAGGUAGGCCGUGGGUCUCCGCUACCCACCUGCGAGUGUGUUUUUGGUUUAUUUUUCUGGUGGGAGUUCUCGAUACGUGUUUCGAAUCAUAAGAUGGUGAUCAACGGAACCGGCCGGACAACAGCGGUCGUACAUUGCCGCAGUCGUUGCUGCGUGCGACGACCGGUCCUGGCAGCGGUAAUGACGGUGCUAAAUCCAGCUUCUACCGGAGCGGCGCUACUGGUCUGGCUUGUCGUGCUGACUGCGUUCGUGGACGGCAGCACAGACCCGCGAAACGAGCAGGAGCCGAAGCCAAGUUUCGCUAGCCCAAUAGAAAACGUGACAGUUCCUAUCGGUAGAGAAGCGACGUUAAGUUGUGCUGUACAAAAUUUAGGUGCCUAUAAGGUUGGAUGGAUGCGUGCUUCCGAUCAGACCGUGCUAGCCCUGCAGGGCCGGGUUGUGCCACACAAUUCACGCUACAGUGUGACCCAGGAGGAGUCGAACGUGUGGCGGCUGAAGAUUCGAAACGUACGCGAAUCGGACCGCGGCUGCUACAUGUGUCAGAUCAAUGCGACGCCGCUGCAGAAGCAGAUCGGCUGCAUCGAUGUUCAGCUGCCGCCGGACAUUUCUGACGAGCAAUCUUCGACGGACACCACCAUCCAGGAGGGUGGAGAUGUAUCGUUUUUCUGCAAAGCUACCGGCCAUCCAACGCCGAAGGUCACCUGGCGUCGGAACGAUGGCAGUCCACUUUAUCUGCAGCGAAUCGGGACCGACCUGCGGAAAGUUGAUACUCAUGUUGGGAACUUACUGAACCUUACGAACGUGAGUCGAAGACAAAUGGGUGCUUAUUUGUGUAUUGCAUCGAAUGAAGUGCCACCAGCUGUCAGUAAACGAGUCUAUCUGAACGUACAUUUCGCCCCGAAUGUGACAACGGAGAAGGCGUUGCUGGGAGUUUUCGAAGAAUCGGACCUCGAGCUGGAGUGCGCCAUCGAGUCUUCACCCCGUUCGGUCAACUACUGGACCAAGGUUUCCCCGAUGGGUGUCGCCAGUGUCGCGGACGGACGGAACAAUCUCCUGUUAACGGCUGUCAGUGGCACUGGUGCUGCUGCAGCUAACCACCGGCAGGAAGUAAUGCAGAACGGCGAUCGGUACGAGAUUCGGGAGCAGUACAGUUCGCACUAUUCCGGCCGCAUGAGUCUACGGAUCCGUCGGUUCGGUACGGCUGAUGCCGGCAGCUACAUGUGCAUAUCAUCGAACGCCUUCGGCAAGGCGAACCGGACCAUUAGGGUUUAUGAAAUCAAGCGGCCAACGACGACCACAACAACUACAACAACGACAACCACUACAACAACUACCACAACCACAACGACCAUGCAACCAACGACAGCAGCUCCGAUGCGGAGAACAACUCUAAUGGCACAAAGAUUCCCAGAGGCGACACCGUACGGAAAUCCGCCGGACUUUAUCUUCGAGUAUAUCACGAAUUCGCCAACCUAUGUGGAGUACGGAGCCAACGGGGAAACCUACAUCAACUAUCCACAGCUGACGGCCUACAGUAAAUCGUCGCCAUCCAAUCACGGUGGCAACAGCGGCGGCGGUGAAAGCCGUGGCGGUGGUCACCCAGGUCACCAGGAUGGUGAUGCGUCCUCGUCCCGGUCGCUGCUGGUACCCUCUGGGGAACAGCGACUGAUGACGAUUCUGGCCCUGUCGGCUCUGUCUUGUGUGUCGUUUUUUCGCCUCUUUCAGAUCUAUCUGCCCUGGGUGACAUUUUUUCUGCUGCUUCUGCUGAUCGGAAGAAAACCGAAGGAAAAAAGCUUCCCGUUGGUGGUGGGCGGUGAAACGCCGCGACAGUGGGCGUAGUGCAGAAAGGGUGAACGUUUAGGGGUUGUUUGACUUUUUUUUAAAAUAUAUUUUCGAGAUUGCUAAGUUAAUAGGAUUACAUCGGUAUUAGAGUUGCACGUUUGCAAAUUGUAGCUCCCAAAAGACGUUGUAUGCUCUGAAAUGAACGAGGAAAAAUAGAAUCAAGAGAGAAACUGAAGCAAAUAUAACUUUUAGUGAAAUUGUACAUAUAAACAGCAAUUAAAACAGCAUACAUAAAACCGUAAUAAGAGCAAAACACAAAAAUUUAUGGAAAUAAAUAAAUGAAGUGACACAAUAGAAAUCAGUUAGGAACAAAUGGAAGGAUUACGUUUAAUAAAGGAUGUAUAUUAUAAAAAUGAA